AGCCGGCCUCAGGUGUGUUCCUGGGCUUGUGCCUUGGCUGACCUUGGAGCAAGAGUGCUGUUAGGACCUCCUGCCCACAAUGUCCUUGGGGGGGCUCCUGUGCCAUCACCUCCUGGCUCCUCUGCCCAGGGAACAGCCCUGCUUGCCUGGCUUUGGCAGCACAAACAUGCUGCAGCCCUGGAAGGGCUUUUAGGGUGGCUCUUGGUGAUGAUGAUGGGUGAAAAGAACAAGUGUGUGAGGAACAUCUUCCUUCGUACCCUAGAUGAUAGCAUCUCUGAUGGGGAGAGCAAGCCACGGACAGAAGAUGUGCUCCAUCUCAUCCCUAUCUAAAGCUCAGCUGCAGUGAAUAAGAUGGGGAUGGUCGGAGACUCAAAGGAGCCAUCCAAAGGAGCACAGAAACAGGGCUGGCUGUGGAAAUGCCCAGCCGGACCGUGCGCCAGGCCAGCCACGAGUCCAUUGAGGACAGCAUGAACAGCUAUGGAUCGGAGGGAAACUUAAAUUUCAGUGGAGUCCAUCUGGCAUCUGCUGGGCAGUUCAGUGACUUCCUGGGCAGCAUGGGUCCCGCACAGUUUGUUGGGCGUCAGACCUUGGCCACCACCUCGAUGGGGGACGUGGAAAUUGGCUUGCAAGAGCGAAAUGGGCAGCUAGAAGUGGAUAUCAUUCAGGCUCGAGGACUCACACCAAAACCCGGCUCCAAAACACUGCCAGCUGCUUACAUCAAAGCUUACCUGUUAGAGAAUGGCGUGUGCAUUGCGAAAAAGAAGACAAAAGUGGCUCGCAAAUCAUUAGACCCUUUGUACAAUCAGGUGUUACUGUUUCCUGAGAGCCCCCAGGGCAAAGUAUUGCAGGUGAUAGUCUGGGGAAACUACGGCCGCAUGGAGCGCAAGCACUUCAUGGGAGUCGCAAGGGUCCUCCUGGAAGAACUGGAUUUGUCAACUUUAGCAAUUGGCUGGUACAAGCUCUUCCCAACCUCCUCAAUGGUGGAUCCCACUACAGGCCCGCUCCUGCGCCAGUCCUCGCAGCUUUCCCUGGAGAGCACAGUGGGACCCUGCUGUGACAGGUCUUAGUGAGUAAGGAAGGGGGAACUGCUUUUGUUUUUUAAACAUGCUGUCAAGGUUUUGUUUGCUGGAACUCUGACCUCAAGCGCAAUGCAUGUUCAAUCAGUUCUUGUGGAGCUGGAAGAGGAGGAUAAACCAGUGACCUUAGACAGAAGACAAGGGGGAGGGUGCUGUACCCUCUCUGUCGGAGGAGGUGCCGUGGGGCAUGAGUCCUAGUUGUCAAAUUAGACAUACACCUCUUGUUUCGCUUCUCACUGUCAUUCUUGGACCCUUGUUUCAGAUCAGCAUUAACUCUGGAAAGUUGCAGCAUUUGAAAAUUCUGGGGGGAGUAAGGAAGGUAUUUUUCUUAACUGUGCAUCUUCAAAAUUUCUUAGGCAGAUUCUUUCUCAAAGUACCUAAAAAAUGCAGAGGCCAAUAUCUGACCUAGAAAGAGCAAGAGCAGAAAGUUUCAGAGGAAGCAUGAGUUUUUCAUAAGAUCUUAUGGAAAAAAGAAAGAAGAAAGAAACCUGUAAUUCUUUAGUAUCAAUUCCACAUCACUGAAUCACGUUCCCUGUAGCACUGCCAUCGCUGUGUUUUCAAACUGUGCCAAAUUACCAGCAAGUGUCUUUCCUGCAUUACUUGUGUAACACUGCUGAUGAAGCAUACUUGGUGGGAGAGUAAGCGCCUGCUUAGACCAGGCAGUUUGAACAGAGUUUGAGUUUAGCAGUCUAAUUAUCUGCAAUUUUGCUCAGAAAAAACCCCCCAGACCACUAGAGGUGGGAGCUGAGCAUCAGACUUGCAGCUUGAGAUAUGCUUUAUGCCUUUAUACCCUCACUUGUUACUCUGCGUCCUUCAGUCACUUCUUCUGUCUCCUGCUCUUCUUUCAUCUCCUUUGUACCGGUACAUAUCUGCUGGAGAUGCUGCCCUUCCUGUCGUGCUAUUGACUGACCUGAAACGGGGCUGUUUUAUUCUGCUGCAGGAGAGUGAGAUUUGUAGGGGUGCAGAAGAAAGAAAUUUGAGUCUGUCAUCUGACAGGAAGGUGCUGAGAGCACAUAACCUUCCUCGUGGAAAGAAGGUUGCUUUAGGCACUCUCAGUAAUACACAAGCAUUGUCAAAUGUGCUGAAAGAAGAGAUGCUGUCCCCAGAGUAUGGAGCAGUAAUGGGUGAGGAAGCUGAAGGCACAGUGGUCACAGCAUGUUUAUUUCAUUUAAGUGCAACGUUAACUGGAAAGGAACAUCGUAGGUGAACCUGUGAAGCACGUUCUCUGUCAGCAGAGUCAUGUGCUAGAGAAAGGCAAGCUAGAUCCUUCACUCAAUUAAAAUCUCUUCUUUGAAAACACUUACUAUGAAAAAUAACAGAGAAUCUCCAAAGAUUUCCUGCUAAUGGCUAGAUUUUUUUUGUAAUUCUUAAUGAGGAUUUGGUGAUUGCACUUUCCAAAUAAGCUUUGGAGAUGUUUUGCUUUGUGAUUUAGAAGUGAAGGUCCCAUAUCAUGUUUAGGAGUGAGCAGAUCCUCAGCCUCUCACCGAGGCACUCAGAGCAUUUAUUUCUGCAUGCGGACCUCAGCUUUGUUAGAGUAAAGCAUGACUGUAGAGUGGGUGGUGAGAGCAGUUGCUUUUUGAUCCAAGCUUGUCUGUGGCGUUUUAAAUCAUUUUGAGAUAAAUUUCAGAAUAGGUACCAAACAAAUAGGCCUUACAAUAGUGUCUGUAAAAAUGAUAUGAUAUAAAGGAGAGGGAAGGCGCAGAAGGGACAUAGAAUGAAUGAAUAGGUUUUUUAGUGGCAAAAGCCUCAGCAUUUCAGAUAAAUCUCUUAAUUUCCUUGAUGAGAUAUGUCUCUGGCCUCUCACUAAUUAUUUUUUCUAAUCGUAUUAGACAAUUUCUAUAUAUUAGCUGAAGAAAGUUUGUUGCAUGCUGGUCAAACUAUGUUGUGACGCUCAUUUUUUUAAAGAAGCACAUUUACUGUAAUUCAAGUCAGCAUCCUUUCCUCUUGGUAUGUAGUGAGUACUAGGCAAUAUUGUACAAUACGUGUAUGAACUAGAAUAGAUUAGGUAGAUUUAGUGGUUUGUAGCACCGGAUCUUUUAAUAACUAUGUCUUUAAGAGGACUGUGGGGAGCUCCGGGUUCGUUCCAAGCCUGGUCACUGAGAAACAGGGCUUCUGUUCUAAGUAGUGCUGAGCACUUCCUAUUGGAGAUUGUUUGACAUUAUCCCCUGGUAACAGCCGGUUGGUCAUCUUUGUCCUCUGUCAGUAAGAUGAAUGCAGCGUUGCAGUCUUUUAUCCCCCCAAAAUUCCCUCUGAAAUAUUAUUUAAUGCCUGUCCAUUGGAAAGCUCAGUUCUGCUAUGCCUGGCGAAUGCAACGUGUCUCUAAAUCCCUAAAAGUGCAGCAAGCUCAUAGACAACUGGCAUAGUUAAAACAGGACUCCUCAAUGCUGAGGAAUGUCUUCCAUUUAUUUGUAGUCAUUCUAAAAGUUUGUUUUCGGGGUUAGAAAAAAAAAACACACAAAAAAAACCCCUCACCAAAAAAAGGCACUUUGCUCGUGUUGUUUUUAUUAGCGUCCCCAAUUCUGGAUUUUGAGGUCAUUCUAACAGUCUGCUUUGGGCUGUCUUCUUCUGCUUUGUUCCCUGGGUGGUGGUAGCCCGAUUCUCCUUUGUGUUUGGAGUCACUUCCAAGUCCUGUUUCUCUGCAGUGAGUGAAGGUUGCAAGGUCUGGCUGCCAGGCAUGGCAGGGUGAUGCAGUCCUGGUGGUGCUCCUUUGUAAAGCAGGUGCACUCACAGGAGCCCUUUCAGGAGUGCCCUCAGGGCACGGAGUGUCAGCUCAGGCUGUCCCUGUGCAGUACUGACGCUCUCAGUUCUUGCUCCAUUCAUGCCCAUGAUUCCUGCACUAUGGCAUAUUGCAGUUAAAAUGAAGUCUAGUUUUCCAUCGAUGUUAAGACUCCCGGUGUAGCAUCCAUGGCAAAUCUUGGGCUUGGAAUGGCUUCUUUUUAUAAAACCUAACCCCUUAUUUCCCUUUGAAUUUGACCUGUCAGUUUCUGUCUAAGGUGGUGUGAUGUGCUGGUUGUGAUUACUGGUGUGCUGAAGUUUGCCAGGGUGGUGAGUGGCUGAAAGCUAAACUUUGGUCCCCUUUAGUCCUGAUGGAGCUUUUUUCCUGUGUCUGAGCUGAGUGGUUAGUUAUAAUCAGAGAGGGAAAGAGCAGGAGACUUUUAACAAAAGCAAAAAAAAGCCAUCAUAGUGUUUGUGGUCUGCAAGUGCUGAUGAGAGAUGAGUCUGAGGAGAGGUGAGUAUCUGCCCCACACAGGGCUGGUUCCCCACUCCUUCCUUGUGCGUGAGAUGCUCCAUUCUAGUAGUAACAGGAAGGUUGCUUGCAGGAAAGAACUGGAGGCUGAUCCCUGUUACCUCCGUUACUGUUAUGCAGGAAACAAAGGGGCUCGUGGUGCUGAGGCAGAGCCAUCUCUCCCCACGUAGCCCAGCACACCGCAGCCCCGCACGCAGCUCUCGCUCCCUCGGGCUGAGCAGAACAUGGCCACGUUUCUUCAGGCAGCAAUGCGAAUUCUCCCGGUCUCCUGGUGUUGCUUUCCCUUUGCCCCAGCACAGCUGGGAUGCCAUAGAAGACAACACGAGAUCCUCAUUCUGCAGUUCAACGCACGGGUCCUCACUGUGGGCCCACAUCCACGUGGGCAGCAGAGCAGGGGCCCGCUGACAGUCAGCCAAGCACAUCCCCGCUUCUUGGUGCGGGUUGCUGCACAGAUCACUGCAGAAUGAUUUGCUCUGGAUGAUGAUGUGCAUUUAAUGUUUCUAGCUACUGGAUCCUUUAUCUCUGUACUGUUCUAAAUUGGCAGGUCUUCUGGAGUCAGAAUAUCAGGGCUCCUGUACAGGGGCUGUUUUUAAGACGUUGAGGCAGUUAACAGAAUCUCAACCUAAGCAUGUUUAGUAAUGUUUAGACAGCAAGACAACUUUUUUAUGAGACUCAUUUUAAGUUAGUUUAUUACAUGCUGUUAGUAAUAUUUUAAAACAGGAAAAAUAUUUUUCUUUAAAGACAAGAUGAUGUAUGUUUUUUAACAGAUAGCAUAAUUUAGCAUUUUCAGAAACGUCCAAUGUCCUCGGUAUGGAGUUUGCUCAUUCUUUUGAUUUCUGUGUCCCUCGUUAUCUUUUAUCACCCCUUUUCCAAAAGAGAAGAGACGUAUGUAAAUAACCACCAGAAAAGAGUCCUACAGGAAAUUCUGUUCAAACUGACCAUAAAAUUAUUAGUAAAUAUUUGUCAUUGUUCAUUAACUCUCAGCUUCUAUUCGAGCCUUUGUUGAAAGAAAUAAUUGAUGUUGUAUUUUCAAGAUGAAAACGACUUAGCUAGUUUUGUCAUAAUCCUGUACUCUGUAUAAAAAUCUUUUUAUAAAGAAAGUCUAAUAGGCUAACAAGCAAUAAUAUAUUCCAUUUGGUGUGCACAGAUUGUGACUUGCAGGCUGUAGUACAUAUUGUUGAUACAGUUUAUAAUUGUCUUCAAUCUUAACGACAUCACUUUUGAAAAAGGUCUGUAUUAACUUUGUGAAACUGAAGAUUGGGCUGUUGCCUUGUAAGAAAUA